UGAGAUCAUCAUCUCCAUCCAACAGGCCUGGAAGAUUGCCUGCCAGGAAGAGCUGUGUUCCCCUCCGAGUUAGAUGACACCUUUGCCAAAAAGUUGGAGAUGCUCUUCUGUGGCCCGGUGACCGUGNCUCACAAGAAGGCCCCACCCGCACUGAUCGAGGAGUGUAUCCAGGAGUUCAACCAUGUGAGNUGCGGUCGCAGAAUGGACUGGGAAGAGCCCACCUGGCAGGCAUCANCGCCUGGCCCCAGGCCCAUGCGCAAAUCCUUCUCACAGCCUGGACUNCGCUCGCUGGCCUUCAGGAAGGAGUUCCAGGACGCUAGCCUCCGCAGUAGCACCUUUAGCUCCUUUGACAAUGACAUCGAGAACCACCUCAUCGGUGGGCACAAAGUGGUUCAGCCCACAGACAUGGAAGAGAACCGAACUACACUGUCGGUGUCCUGGAAAGGCAUUCUCUUGUGCCCCAGUGCCAUGGCUAUGACCUGGAAGCAUCUCAGGAGAGAAACUUGAGGAUACCUGCUGUUGCUGUAGUGCUUAGACCCUAUGACCCAAUAGUGUUAUCCCCAUUAUUUCCCUUGCAAAACCUUUUAUGUGAGUGCUUCAGGAGCUAUGCACAAGAGAGUUUACUGCAGCCUCCAUCCUAAAAGCUGGAAAAUGGAGUAAAUUAUACUCAGUAGCAGGGCCAGAAACAGGUUUGUUAUACA